CUCUUCAGAAGCCAAUUGACCAGGGCAGGAUCAGAAGACGAUACACAGCAGAAGCUACAUCUCUGCUGGCAUUUUAUAAAAUCCAAAAUGGAAGAUCACAAGGAAGAUCAGCAAGAUUAUGAGUCAGAGAAAAUGGAAAGUUUAAAAUUGGCCCAAUCAAAGAGAAACAUUGUCAGUUUGAACACGGACCUUGAAAAGGACCUGCAGAGAAUAGAUGAAGCAAACGAGGAGCUGCUUCUCAAAAUCCAAGAGAAAGAACAUGAGAUCCAGAGGCUAGAAAGUGAGAUCACUCAGAUGGGAGACGCAGCAAAAGAUGAGGGACAGGAGAAGGAAAACGUUACUCUGCUAGAAAAGGAAAGAGCCUUGCAGGAGCUGGAGGAAAAGACAGCCAGACUUGAAAGGAAGAACGAGACUCUAGUCCACAGUACAACAGAACUGCAGAGAAAGCUUGCAAAGAAAUCACAUAAGAUAACCAAGUGUGAACAAUGUGAUCUGGACAGAACUCCAGAAGAGAUGAAGGUUAAGUUACAGCAGCUGCAAGCCUCCUGCACAGACCAAGAAAUGAAACUGGUCAUGGAAGACUAUACAUUUGUAGUCCAGCUCUGUGAAGACCAAGCUCUCUGCAUAAAGAAGUACCAGGAAACCCUGAAGAGACUAGAAGAAGAGGUAGAGACACGAUUCCUUCAGAAAGAAGUAUCAAAAGUCUUGUGCUUGGGCCCUAGGAGGAGAAACCAUGAAAGCCAAAAUAAUGGGUGUAUUUCUGUCCCCACAACAGCAACAUGGUUGGGUAAAAGGAUUCUUCACUGUCUCUUUUUCAUCAUCCUAUUUGUGGUCAGACUCCUGGGAUAUAUGUUUUUGCAUAUAACUUUCAUAAAUCCAGAUCUCCUUGUCAAUAUACUGCCAAAGAUACUGAGCAGAAGCAACUUGUGGAAGCUGAGAUGUUUCCUCUUUCCAUCGCUCACGCUUGAGACAGAGGACCUGCUGCCUCAUUGAUUCCAACAAGCAAUCGGGGCCAACAAAAGCAAGUUAGACCAAAGCUGUGGGUAGGAGAUGGUGGAACUUGCAGAGCGGAGAGAUUUCCCUCAGUUUCUCCUUCGUGCUUUGCCUUUGAGCUGAACCUUCCUCGUCUGCAUCAUUUCUCUGAGAUUAACCUUGCCCAGUAAAUAGCCCUGUCACUGGCUUUCUGUGUCUGUGUGGAUAAGCUGAAGAGUGCCCGCCAGCAGACAAACUUGACCAUUGGAGGAAUUAAACAGCUGUUGGGCAGAAUCAGAGUUGCAUGGUGAUUCUAGUGAAUCUC